AUGGUCCUGCAGCAUCUGAAGCUCUGGUGUCUGCAUUGCAGGUUCUGUCAGACUGGCCCCAAAGCUGGGCUCUUUUAUGUAAGCACACAUGCAGCAGAAGUUGCAUUAGAUCCUUGGGCUGUAAACUUGUGUGACCUGGUAGUAGCUUUUAUGUUUGAGUCCUGGACACCCAAAGUGGCUAUGAAGCUUGGGUUGCGGUGCUCUUUGGGACAACCAAGUGGCUCACCAGGAACUCCUUCAGUGACUACUCGGAUGAAUAGGAUGAUAAAAAUAUUUGAAAAUCAGACAACUAUGUUAGAGAAAGCUUUAAGUGAUCACCAUACAAUUGAGUCUAAAUAUAAACAGAUGGAAAUUGAUUAUCAAAUGUUAAUAUUGGAGAAAACCCUGCUGGAAGGAGAAAUACGAAGGCUGAGAGAAAUAGAGAGAGUAAAGUCUGCAACCAGAGAAGAGCGAACCAAGAAAACUGGAAAAUCAGGAAAGAGAAAAUUUAAAGAGAAUGAAAAGAAUCUAUCUCCAAACAGAGACUUCAAAUCAUUUGAAGAACUGCUUCAAAUCCAAGAAGCUGAAAGAAACAAGACUCAACUCGAAUUUGUCCUACGUCGAAAGAUGGAGAUGUUUAAAGAAGAAAGUAAAACAAAAUUGGACAGGGGUCAGAGUCAAUCAAAGCUUAAGGUUGAAGAUUCAAAGGAUUCCUUACCAAAGAAGAGUGACACACAGUUGAGUGGACAAAGGAAGGAUCAGAUAUCACCUGAUCAAAGUAAAAGGUCGGUUGGUGAAAGGUAA